UAUUUAGCCCUUUAAUUGAAAAGUCACUCCGUUUGUAGAUAGCGCAUCGGUUUGCAGCAUUUUAUAAGAAACUGUAUUUUUUAAUUUCAUUUGUUGCUUCAAACAUGAAACGUUUCGCAAUUUUGUCGGUGUGUGUCCUUUUUGGACUUGCUGUAGCUGAGAGUGAAGUUGACUCUCACAUUGAGCCCUUUAUUUACGAAGACAAAAUUAAUGAGACCAUUGAAGCUUUAAGACCUGAUAUUCCCGAUCCUUUGAAAAUUGCUGAUCUUUUAAUAAAAAUUCCAGAAGAUUUGGAUCUGUUGAGUGGGAAUGCGAGUGUGGCAAAUUUUGAGCUGACGGGAUUGCAGGGCUUUCAAGUGCCCUAUUUGCACCUUGCGGUGAUAGGAAUGCAACUAAAUUUUACUUUUGUUCUUCCUUCUAUCAAUCUGUUUACGGACUACAAGGGCGACCUUCUUGUCGCAAACUUGGUUCCAUUUUACGGAGCUGGCAAAGCCAAUGUUCACAUUUUGAACGCUGAAAUUCAAGGAUGUGCACAAGCCGAUCUUAAUAAUGGAAUUUCGGUCAAAAAUCUCCGCAUUCAACUUUACGUCGAGUCGGCAACUUUUGACAUUCAUGGAGCUCUCAACAACGAAGACUUUAGCCAAAUUUUGAGCGCUCUUUUGAAUGACUUGGUGCCUUCGUUUAUUGAUAACCACCAACAAGUUAUUUCUGAUGUUCUUAGUCCCAUCAUCGAGGGGCUUAUCAACGCGAUUUUGAAUGGAGGUGGUUCGUCAACACCUGCUCCAACCACCGCUCCAUAAGAGAAUUUGCUACAUAUUUGUAAAUUGGAAUUUUGUUUAAUAAACACAAAAAAAAAUAAACAGAUUUUGUCCUCUGGCA